AUGGCUACGAAGGAGAGGGUCACAAAGUACCGAGUAGACGAAACGAACAAGACUAUCGAAGAAUACAAGAUUAUUCUUCGUGGUAUUGGUGACGACCCAAAUAUUUUAACUUCCUAUGACGAAAACAUGGCUCGUAGGAUUCGAGAUUGGGCUUCUAAUACUCAUGAAGAGUUCAGCCCUGCCGAAGACGCCGCUCCAGACGACGAUGAGUAUACUACAGCCGUUACUGAUGCGCUUAGAGGCUUAGGUGAUCUCAUUGAUACCGGGAAUGAAAUCCUGAACAAGAAUGAGAACAAGAUGUGGGAAUAUGAAUCAGAGUUAAUGAACUCAAAGAAGGAGGAAUGCGAGAAGAAGAAGAAAGAGGAGGAGAAGAAGAAGCAGGAGGAGGAGGAAGAGAAAAAGAAGAAGGAGCAAGAGGAAGAAAAGAAGAGGGAGAAGAGAAGUUGUUGCUCGUGA